AGUUAUAACUUCCGGCUUUUGGAAAGUAGACGUGGAAUCAAUAAUCUUGCAGUAAAAUGAUAGUUUUCCGUUAGAUAGAGUACUGUAUUUGCUGGAUGUCUAUGUCAGUGCAUGACAGACAAGAAUAUUGACCAAAAUUUAUUAAAUGAACAACUGUCUUAACUUGUUAAAUUAAAGCAAAGAUUACAAGAUGGUCAGCAGAUUGAGACUACAGUAUUGCAAGAUUGUCCUCGCCACAUCAUUGGUCUGGUUCCUCCUCGAUGUCGUCCUUCUUAUGUAUUAUACAGACUGUGCCACAAAUGCCGCAACAGAUUGCAACACUAAUCAUAAGGUCAAGGAUAAAAAGGCGGAUUCUGGCUCGUUACUUCAGAGGAUUUUACCAAAAGAGCCUGUUGCCCCCGUAGAAACCAACAAGCGAGCCAAGUAUGAAAUUCCGACCAAAUAUAAAAUUCCACCAAAAGAACCAGUGUUAAACAAGGGUAAAAGGCCAGGUUUAUUAGGUCGGCCGAGCAUGCCGGGUGACAUGGGGAAGGCAGUGGUUAUACCUGCAAACAUGGAGGGGGAAUCAAAGGAGAAAUUUAAAAUCCACCAAUUUAACCUUGUUGCCAGUGAUCUGAUGUCAUUGAAUAGAUCUCUUCCUGAUUACAGAAUACCAGGAUGUAGAAAUAAAAAGUACCCACCAGUUUCAGUGUUGCCUGACACUAGUGUUGUUAUAGUAUUUCACAACGAGGCAUGGUCCACGUUACUACGUACCGUUCACAGUGUUAUAAAUAGAUCUCCACCAGCUUUACUAAACGAGAUUAUUCUAGUCGACGAUGCCAGCGAAAGAGGGGAAGGAAGAGAGGAGUUAGGGUCAAAGUUGGAAGAAUAUUUAAGUAAACUUCCAGUCAGAUGUUAUGUGAUCAGGUCAGAAGAAAGGACUGGGCUUAUCAGAGCUCGAUUAAAAGGUGCUGCUAAAGCUAAGGGUAAAGUAAUAACAUUCCUGGAUGCUCAUUGUGAAGCAACUGAAGGCUGGUUAGAGCCUCUUGUUACAGAAAUAUAUAAAGAUAGAACUGCAGUAGCCUGUCCCAUCAUUGAUGUUAUAAGUGAUGAUACAUUUGAAUAUAUUACUGGAUCUGAUAUGACAUGGGGUGGUUUUAAUUGGAAACUUAACUUCAGAUGGUACCCGGUCCCACAACGAGAAUUAGAUAGGAGAGGUGGAGACAGGAGUCAGCCAGUCAGGACCCCAACUAUGGCAGGAGGUUUAUUCUCUAUAGACAGGGACUAUUUUUAUGAGAUAGGAUCAUAUGAUGAGGGUAUGGAUAUCUGGGGAGCUGAAAAUCUAGAAAUGUCUUUCAGAGUAUGGAUGUGUGGUGGUAAAGUCUACAUUGUAACAUGUUCCCGUGUGGGUCAUGUGUUCAGGAAAACCUCACCUUAUUCCUGGCCUGGAGGUGUGGCCAGAAUUAUUAAUCAUAACACCCAAAGAAUUGUAGAAGUAUGGAUGGACGAAUAUAAAGACUUUUUCUAUAAAAUUAAUCCAGGUGUAAAAAAUACAGAUUAUGGUGAUGUUAGUGCAAGGAAAGAAUUUAGAGAGAAGAAACAAUGUAAAAGUUUUAAAUGGUAUUUAGAGAAUGUAUAUCCAGAAUCACAGAUGCCUGUAGAAUAUCAUGCAUUAGGAGAGAUAAAGAAUAAAGAGUCAGGUGCCUGUAUAGACAGUAUGGGACGUAAAAGUGGCGAGAAAAUUGGUCUCGUCCAUUGUCAUGGAAUGGGUGGAAAUCAGAUAUUUUCUUACACAAGUAAGCAGGCUUUACAGACGGAUGACGUCUGUAUGGAUGUAUCGGCCAUGGGCGGCCCAGUUAAACUGUUUCAGUGCCACGGCCUGGGUGGUAAUCAGAAAUGGGAUUACAAUAAGGAGACAUAUGAAUUGAAGCAUGUAAACAGUAACCAAUGCUUAGGUAAAGCAUCACCUCAUGAUCAUGAAUCUCCUUCUAUAGGGCCAUGUGAUGGGACUGAUGGACAAAAGUGGGUAUUAACAGAUAUGAAAAUGUGAAUAACCAAGACUGUGAAAAACUGAGGCCAUGUGAGGUAGUUUAAGAGGAUGUUAAAUUCGACCAAAGAUAGUCACCUGACCUAGUCGUCAAGCAAGACACGUGCAAUUCGUAAAGUGUUAAUUAAGAACAGACCACAACAUAUUUUAAUGGUGCAUUUUAUAUGUAUAUAUAAAUUUGAUAUCAACAGUAAUAUGAUUUAUUUAUCGAACAGUUUUCAUAUUGAAGAAUGUCUAUAUUUUAUGGUUCACAAGGAAGAAUGCAGAAAACACAGUUCUGCUGUUUCGUCUUGAUGAAAAUUCAGUGCAAGGGCUGGGUCUCGGCAAGAGUUGAUUGUAUGAUUCUGAUUUCAAGUGCUAAAUGACACUGUGAUGAAUGCUGAAUCUGAUGGAUAAAGGAUGUAUUUAUAGAAUCAGAAUCUAUUUAUAGAAGAGGAAAUCUAUUUAUAGACAAAGAAAUGUAUUUUUAGAUUUAUGUAUAUAUAUCUUGUUAAUGGUUAAUAGCAAAUGCUGAUAGUGUUAUAUAUAAGAGUUAAAAAUGUUUAUGCAAAAGGAAAAUAUCCAUAUGUUAGCUAAUGCAAUAAGUUGAUAACAUAAUUUGAAGAAUGAAAAAGAAAUAUAGAAGGUAAUGGUGCAGAAUGGCCAUGCAUACAAUUGUUCCCAGAUUUGAUACUGAGAUUCAUGAUUGACCAAUCAAAUUCUUUAUUUUGACUGGGCUUUUGGACUUCAUAUUUCUAUGAUGGAAAGGCAGGAAACAAUUUUGAACAAUUCAUGAAAACUGGAGUUUUUGAAGAAUGGAAUGAAAAAUUAUAUACAGAAAUACUGUAUAGGUUUUAUACUUCAUAUUUUUAAUGAUAAAAGACAGGAAACAAGUUUUAAUAACCAGUGAGAAUUUGAGCAAGGGAAAAUUUUAUACAUGUCUUAAUUUGAUAUUUAGCUACAAACUUUAGUCAUAUUCCAAAAAUUCAAAUAUUAACCCUUAACAUGCUGAAUAUGUAUAAUGGAUUUGACCAUCUUUGAAUUAGAAACAGUCCACAGCUGUUCAGGGAUUUCAAAUUCAAGAUACCAAAACAUUGAGCUACCAGCACUAAAGAGUCUGUGAUCUGUCUGCAAAGAUGUGCAAACUGGUUUGGCUCUUAGCUUGUCUUACUCUAUACUGUUGGCAAAGGGUGAUCACUUUCUACUCAAGCAGAUUAAAGGUUCACAGUUAUUUAAAAAUAUUCAGUCCUUUCUAAUCUUUAAUAAUAAUUUUAAAAAAAGAAUGAUUUAGAUUUCAUAAAAGGCCCAAUCAAGACUACAUGUAUUUAUUUUUUAUCUUAGUUUUUGAUUUUAGUAAAAGGAUGUCUGAUAAAAAGGUUGAUUAAAACUCAUUUACUAUAAAAAUGAACUGCAACUUAACCAUAAGGGGUAAAUAUUUUUGAAAAUGUGUAUUUGGAUUUGAUAUUAAUAUUAAUAAAUGUUAAUAAGGAUAUUAAUUUAGCAAACAAGAAACAAAACUGUUCCUAGUCUUUUAACAAAUGCAGCGCAAUUAAUACUGCUGAUUUAGUGUACAGUAAUGUUUAAACAUUUUGCUGUGAUUUUAUAAAAUGAUAUAUAUAUUAAACUGGGUAUGUAGAACUGUUAAGGAUUUGUAUGUAGUCUGAAAAAUGGGUAAAAAGUUAUUGAUGUUUUUUAUUUAUUGAGAUUUUGUUGUUUAAAAGCAUCAUAAAAGCUGUGUUAAAGAAAAAAAAAAUAACAACAAUGUUUAGUUGAUUAUUAAAUCAUUGAUGUGGAUUUAAUAUUGACAAUGCAGGCGUAAUUCCAGUAAUUAUUAGAUUUAAAUAUUAGAUUUAAAGAUAUUUUCUCUUUUGAAAGCACUGUUAAAUUCAAUGUCCUUACAUUUGUAUACUGUUCAAUUGUUGGUCAAUUUUAAAUGCAACUUACAAAGUAUGUACAAAUGUGUGUUAAGUAAUUCUUAUUCAACUUUUGUUUUUUGUGUCUUUGUCAGUUAGACAGGGUUCAUAAAAUUAAAAGUGCAUAUAACUUUUUACUUUAAUAAACCAAGGAACCAUGAAAAAGGCUAAUGUCUUUGAUUAACAAGUUUCCAUCCAUGAUUCAUAUGCAUUUUGUCUCUAAUGUAAGAUUUAUAUGUAACAAUAUGCUAUGCAUAUCGAGGGUUUGGUGCGAAAUAGCUGUAACUCAUAUUACAUAAUGUAGGAGUAAUAUCUGUUUCGCACUGAUCCAUGGAUAUUACAUGUAUGUUUUGUAUGAUGGUGGAGUAAACCAUUGUGUUGGUAAAUCUUAAAACACUUUAUUGUCAGUUUGGUUGCACUGGGUGUCAAAGUUGUCAUAAUUGUCCCUUGUGUUAUAAAUAUGUAAACUUUUAAAGUAGUAAUUUUGCUAACUUGUAGCGUUUUAUUGUCAGAAUGAGAACAUUGUGAUUUCAGAUGCAGCUUUUGUUGUCAGCAGACAACACCCUUUUGUCAGGAUGUCUGAAUUUAUACUAGUUUAGGAAUCUUUGUGUUGCCAGUUUGCAGCAUUAUGUUGUCAGUUUAUUAAAAUUUUGUUGCCAGUUGGCAAUGCUUUGAUUCCCCUAUGUCAGUAUUUUUUGUCAAUUUGAAAGCAUUGUAUUGUCAGUUAAAAAACAUGGUAUUGUCAGUUUAAAAACAUUGUUUUGCAGUUAUAAAACUUGGUAUUGUCAGUUUGAAAGCAUUGUUUUGCCAGUUAUAAAACAUGGUAUUGUCAGUUUGAACCCAGUCUUGCCAGAAUUGUAUUUUCUUAUUGUAUGAAAUUAACAGCUGACUGAUUUAAGAAAUAGUAAUUUCAUUAAUUUAUUAUAUAUGUCAAAUUAUGCAUUUAUGUAAAAAUGUAAUUUUAUGCGACUGGAAUUUCAUAACGAAAUAACAAUUUUGUUGUAAGUUGUAAUAGGUUUUAUUUUGCUUGCAUUGGCCAUAUACCAUGUAUGUAAAGGGGACAAGAAUUGUUCAUUAAUAUGUAUAUUUAGGUACAUAAGCUGUUUGUUUUUAGAUGAAUAAUUAUGUUCUGUACAUGACAGGGUAAAUGGCAUAUGAGUGUUAGAUUAAAAAACUUACUGUUGUGUCAGAAGUUUACAUGUAACCUGUUAAAUGUAUUAUUUUUUAGUUCACCUUAGCACAAAAUGCUCUUGUUUAGCUCUUGUGAUCGCCCUCUGUCCAAUGUGCAAAGUUGAGUUCCACUUCAACAAUUUCUUUAGACAACAUUUACUGUGAAACAGAUCACAGUAUUUUUACUAAACAGAACCAGCAUAAUGCAUUGAUGGCCUCAUUUCAAAAUUGUUCUGGUGGGUUGCAUAAGUAGGUCAUAUCUAAAAAAAAAAAGGAUUACAAAAAUAACAUUUAAAAAAUCCUUUUGCCUGAAACUUACAAGACCCAAGGCUUUGAUUUGUGAUAAUAUCAUCUGGAGGCCCUGCACCAGUUUAAGGUAAAAUUUGGGUAAAAUUUGGCCCUACCCUGGGCAUCAUGGGUUUUUCUUAAUAUAUUUUUUUAUAGUUAAAGCCUUAAAAUUCUUCAUCUUUGAAACACUAAGAACAAGAAAUAUUGUCAAGUGGAUCUCGAUCAAAAUUUUAGAAAUUAUGGUCAAAAUUGGCCCAUGUCCCAGAGGGUGAUAGGUUUUGCCUUACAAGUUUACAUGAUUCUUGUGUUUUACACUUUCAUUAGCUUACAUUAUUUGUUAAAGUCAAUACCACUGUCUAACUGGUAAGAGACUUUGUGCAAGUGUUACUCUUGUUAAUUAUAUAACAAACUUUUUUAAUAAGUAAUUAUUAAUAAUUAGGCAAUAUACUUACAUUAAGCAUUUUCUUGCAUUCUUUUGUCAUAUAACUUACUUCCAGAAAUUCAACAUACUACUCGUAUUAAUAGAAAUUUUAUAUGUUUUUAAUGCCUUGGAUUACCAAUAUACAAAUAAUAUUUAGUUUUAUUUCAUUUUCUUUUUAAAGAAAGUGGAAGUUAAAAUAUUUUCAUGACCAUAAUAUUAGCUUUAAACUUGAUACAAUAUUCACUUCAGUGUAUACCAUUAAAUUUUUAUCAAUUUUCAGAGACGACCAAUAAAUAAGACAUGAUUUAUCUACCUCAGAUAUAUAUAGAAGGGUCACAAAUAAAAGAUAUAUUAUUUAUUGUGAGGUUACAGUGAAACUUAUAUACCUUAUAUAUAACUUUUUGUACCAGGCAUUGGAAAUUAAAAAGAAGUGAGUGUUGGGUUUUUUGUCUUGAUUGUUUUUUUUGUUUUCAAAUUUGUGGUUUGUCAAAUGCAUAUCUUGAAACAACAAAAAUAUUAAACUAUGACUAUUUAAUUAAAACCUGCUUAAUUACAAGUCAUUUGUAGUUUUGAUACAAACAUUCAGUUUACAAAGUUGUCACUAUAUAAAGAAGCAUGUCGCUUCUCAAUUUAACCAAUCAAAUGUUGAUUUAUGGUCUUUUGUAAUUUUUUUUUAUAAAACCAGUAAACCUCAAAGCAUAUAAUAGAAACUUCUAUAAGACAAUGUGGUAUGUAUACAUUUAAUAUCAUGUAAAUCAAAUCACUAAAUUUUGAAAUGAAAUUCCAUAAUAUAAAAGGAGAGCAAACAAAAAAAAGAAACAUGCUAAAAACAUUAGGUGUGCAGUCUGAAUGUAAGUCAUUAAUUAAUUUUGAUCAUUAUCUUAUCUUCUUAGUUAUGCUGUAUAUUAGUUUUUCAUUAUUUUCAUUUAUAUAAAGGUUACUUCACAAUUAUUUCCUGCUCUAGUCAAAGUUUUAGUCUCUGCUCUACUCUUUCUUUUUUUUUGGCCCGAUAAGAAUGCUUGAAUAUGAGAAUUUCUGCCAGUCUUUUUCGCAUAAACUGUCCUCAGAAGCAUUUAUUUAAUCAAUCAUCUAUGGCAUCACAUUGCAUCUUUCUGGAUAAACACUAUGCCUUACUACGAAGAGUAGGUCAACAACUUAAAUAGUUAGAUGCUACUAGUAUGUGCAAAAUUUAACGUUUGAAACUAUUAUUCUUGCUAAGUACCUCUUUUUGAGCUGUUAAAAUAAUUUUUUUUUUCAUAUAAGUGUCUAACUAUACAAAUUUAUUAUGCUAUUUUGUUGCUUCAUUUGAGAAUGCAUGGUGAUAGUAUGUACGUAUAAUACACUUAAUACCAAAUAUCAUUUGUUACUUUAUAUAGAAUCAAGAUUUUCUCCGAUUUCAUUUAAUUAUGGAACCUUGUGUGAUCGUAAGAGGGGACUAAAUGGGCUUUGAAUUACUGGAGUCUAUGCAUUUCUUAGCUCCAGCAGGUGAAGUGGUUUUUACCCUGGUGUUUCUUUGAAGUUUGAAACAACCAAGGUUAGCGAAAAUCAUCUUUCCUGUUUGGCGCCAUAUGACUUGGCAUGUGUUGGUGCACCGUUAAACCAAACAAACAAAUAAAACAUGCAAAUUAUGGUGCCAAUAAUCAAUUCCAAAAAUUAAUAAACUUCGUGGUCCCUUUAAACUGAAGCAUAUGAUUCUAUUUGGUCUUGUGUGACUUCAAAUUUAAAGUCAAACAAAGAAAAGCUUACUUUCAUAACAGCUUGAGAGAGAGUUAGUUUUAUCUCUUACUGACCAUACUUGACCAUAUAUAUUAUCAGUUAUUGAGUUACUCUGAUAGAUUUUUUAAUAUGAUUGCUGAAGUUAGUUGGUGUUGUUUUGUACAGCUUGGUAUAUGGUUAUUAUCUGGUUGAGAGCUACUGUGUUCAAUGAUUGUUGACACUCUUCCUUGUUGAUCUUUCUUUUCAUAUUCUAGCAAUUAGAUAAUGUGUUCAAGGUAACUGUAUUGUAAAAUGUUCCAUUUGGGAUAUGUCUGAAAUGGCAGUUUAUAGUUGGUCAAUUUAAACAUGGUACACUUGUUUUGUCUGUGAUUAUCUAACAUGAUAGGCACACAUCCCAUAACUCUGUGUUACCGUUUUACAGGAAUUAUGCCCCUUUUCUAACUGUCAAGCACUGAGAAAAAUGGAGCACCAUGUCUUACGGACAGCCUUUUAUUUAUAUUAUAAAAUAAUUAAUUUAACCUUGAAUGCUUAUUGUAUGAAUGAUUGAUAUGCUAGAAGUAUUAGAUUUAAAAUGUAUUUACGCAAUUUAAGUGUGCAUAUUGGUGCUUUAUAUGAUUAAUUAUUGACUUCAGGAUUUUGUCACAAAUUGCUGGUAAUUUAACUUUCUAAAUAUCACCCCUUCCUUCAAAAGAAAAAAGGUUUGGAAAAGUAAUUCACAGCAACAAUUACUGCCUUGUGGUUUAUAACUGAAAAACAUGUUAGAAAGCCCAGAAAAAUGAACCAAAAAUAAGAUACUCUGCCUUUGUGUUGUCACGGGUCUAUUUUGUGUCUUCCUUGAAUAACCCUUAGUGAUUAUUUUUUCUAUCUUUUCUAUUUUAAUUGUAUGUAUUCAAACUAUUGUACAAAGUAUUUUAAGUGUUUCACGCUAUUUGUUAACGUUACAACUCUGCACCUUAAUGAUAAUUAGGAGAAUAACACAUUAUUAUAGAGGUAUUAAUUAAAAUCACUGUAAAUUUACAUUAGUGCUUUUAACACUCGCUGCUGAGAUUACACUACCCAUGACUACAAGCCCUUGCCUUUUGAAAAUGUAUAGAUUGUUGUUUUUAUCUUUAUUUUUAGGUGUUUGGGUAUACAUGUAUACUGUUAACAUUUGAAUGUACUUGUCAUCAUUGUUCUUAAAAUUUUUUAUUUCUAUAAAUAGAACAUACAGUGAACUGCAAUUAUAAUAAUAUGGCUUGUAACAAUACACCACUUCUAACGAUGCUGCUGCCGCUGUUCUGACUCUUGUUUUCCAAUUGGUUGUCUCUUGGAUAUAGCAAUGUCUGGAUGAUUAUAAAUUUGUUGGUUCCCUGAAUAUAGUUAUAAGUGGAUUUUAAUGUAGUUUAAAUUAGGUAGUGAACACAUAAAUAUUUAGAAAAUACUCUACCUUUUUAAAAAUGUCCUCUCGUUUAUGAAUAGACCACAUGGACUAUUGUGUGACAGCAAGUUAAGUACAAGUACAGAAAUAUUUGCCCCAAGAUUUUAGCAAAAAACGAAUUACCAAAAAAUAGGCCCAGAAUUAUUGAACAGAUAAGAAAUUGUUGAUUCCCAGUCUAUUUUUGCCUGUAAAUGUUUCAGAUUUUAGAGUUUAUAUUGUAAAGAUAUUUUACUGUUGUAACAGAAUUAUUAUUUAUUGGCUAUAGACUAUAGUAGUAUGCAUUAUUUGUUAUAAUAAACUUGCUUUAAUUCAAUGAAACCCGUAUAAUGAUUAUGAGAGAAAUAAAAAUCAGUUAUUUAUUUAAAGUAUAUUAAAAUUAUUGAAGUGUGAUUUUAGCAAAUGUAUAAUAUUUAUCAUAGUGUAAGGUUAAUGAAUUGACAUCAGGGGUUUUUGACAUAGUGUGAAAGAAAACUGGUCUGGUUUAUUUAAAAUAGAUGAUAGGUAAAAAAUUAGUUUUCGGUUUAUUUUUUAAUUGUUGUGUAUAUAUAUCUAUGAAAGUGAUACUUUGUUAUGAGUGAGUGAAUGUGACCUUAACUUCUACCUCUGAUUCCAAGUUGGUAGAAAUCCCCACUAGAGAAGUAUUAUUGUUUGCUAAGUUAAUAAUGUCAUUUAUGUGUAUUAUGAAAUAUGUCCUGUUUCUAGGUUUGAAAUGAACAGCUGAUAUGUGUUUAUGAUAUUUCCAAUGUAUGAACUAAUUUUUUUUUGUAUAAAUGACUUAAAUACACAUAAAUAAGUCAUAAAUUUGUUGACCGGUGCAAAAGGGUUGUAACUCGUAUUAAGUAAAGAAGGAGUUACAACCCUUUCACACCAAGCUGUCAGUAUAUGAAUCACAAGCAACCAUUCGAAAUAUUUUUUGAAAAAAUUUAGCCCCAUGUAUAAAAUGUAGAUUUUUAUAGAUUUGUUUGUUCAAGAAAUACUGAUUUUUUUAGACAAAAUGAUAUAAUUUGUACAUCAGCUAUCAAACUUGCUUCUCUACCUUUCUGCAUGACUUGCAUAUCACUGCCAAUAAAACUAUCAGCGCUCUCUUCCCUAUGCAGGGCUGAAAGACCCACCACUUAUUUUUAUGUUAAACUUAGCAUAUGUUUUACCCCACCCACCUUUUAAAAAUGUUGUAAAUUUUAUCAGCAUAUUUUGAUUAAUAUUUUUUAUAUAUAUAAAGCAUAUUAUAUUCUGCUGAAGAUGUAUGCAUUCAUAGUAAAAGCUUGUGGAAAAUUUAUUAAGAUUUUCCAUAUUUUAGUGUGAUUUAUUAAAAUUUUCCAGAUUUAUUAUAAUUAAAUUUUCUUAUUAUAGUUAAAUUUUCUUCAAGGGUUAUAAUUAUCAAGACUAGUAAGGGUAAAUUUCCAAUUACAUUACUUGAAGAUGAGAAUAUAAAUAAUUAUAAAAAAAAAGAGUUUGUUUUGUUUUAAUUAGGCAUUCCAUUUAAUUUAUUUAAUUGAGUAUAUUAGUAACAUAAAAGCGUGUGAAGUGAUGAAUACACAAAUUUUACUAUCAAAAUAAUUUGUGUAACAAAAUAUUGAUCUCCUUUGUCAAAAUUUUUUUCAGCGCAAAUUUUUCUAUAAUAUUGGUAUCAAAAAGUAUUGAUUAAGGCUUAUACUAUGUGUAAUUGUACAAUUUAUUUUGCUAAUUUGAAUUAAACUUUGGUUUUCAAUGACAAUGUUUGAUUUGUUAGGUUGAUAUAUGCAUUAUUGAAUGGUAGGGAAUACGUUUUGAUUGACAUUUUACUUUAUGUUUUAGUCACAUGGUAAUCAGCUGGUUGAUUCUGGAAUAUUUUAUCAUAAGAAUAAGACUGUAAUUUAAAGGAGCAUGCCUCAAGAUGAGCCAAAAUGUUUCAAGCGAAAAAAUAACAACCUUUAGAAAAUUGUACUUUGAUUUAAAAAAAAAUAUUAAAAAUGUUAAAAAUUCAAGAAAAAAAAUACAUGUUAUAUGCAAUUAAUGACUAAUUUUGCAGUAUUUUUUUCACCAUAUUUCUACAGUGUGACUAAGACAUAAAGGGCUAUUUUUGCAUACUCUGUGCUGUUUUUGGAAAUUUUCGUAGAUUUUAAGUGCCGCUUGCAAUGCGUAAAUUAUUUUUCAUGUUCACUUGAUAUUAUUGUUCUCUUCAAGACAUUUAAAAAAAUCAUGAAAAUUAGCAUAAAUCUGGAGGCAUACUGCUUUAAAGAUUUAUUCUCUGCUUCAACUUUGAACGUUUUCUCUGAACUGUAAUACUAUCUUCAAUCUACAUGGUAUAAGUAUACAAUAAUUCAUAAAAUGUGCAUUCGAGAUAUAGAUCUUUAUUCUACAGUAUGGUUAUGGCAAUGGAAUUAAUAUUUCACGCAUGCGCAUUAUUAUUGUAUGAUGUAAUAACAUUAUUAUCGAAUGACUGGGAAUCUGUUAUGUGUGUUUUAAUUAUGUGUUAACCAGAUGAGGGAUCAUGGGAUAUUUAAUUAUAUCUGUUGUUAUAUAUAUUUAUUGUUUUUGAAGAUAUUUUGUAAUUUUAAAAGUAGGAUAGACAAAUUACUUUGUUGAGUCUUAUCUAAUGUUGAUAAUGCAUUAUAAUGAAAAAGUAAAAUUGAUAAAAUUGUUA